AUGUGUGGAAUCAGUGCGUUUUUGAGUCACCCUGGAAAGGCUAGCUCCAACGAGCGGACCAAGCCCCAAGCUCAGCGUGUGGCCGCUGAGUUGGAGGAAAGUCUGGACCUAAUUGCUCAUCGUGGCCCCGAUGGUCGCGGACGAUGGCUUAGUGAGGAUCAUCAAGUUGGUCUUGGACAUGUCCGAUUGUCUAUCAUCGAUCUCAGUCCCACUGGCGAUCAGCCCUUUCACGAUGAGAGCAGCGGCAUUCAUGCUGUUGUAAAUGGUGAGCUGUACGACCAUGAGUAUUAUCGAGAUAAAUUAGCCUCCGAGUUCCAGUUUGUGGGUACUAGUGACUGCGAAAUUGUCAUUGCUCUGUACAAGCAUUAUGGAUUGUCUUUCCUGUCUCAUUUGAGGGGCGAAUUCGCUUUUGUGCUCUGGGAUGCCAGUCGGCAGUUGCUCAUUGCUGCUAGAGAUCGAUAUGGAAUCAAAUCACUCUAUUAUACAGUCAGCCAAGGCAAGCUGCUGGUGGCAACAGAGAUGAAGUCUUUCUUGGCGUUUGGCCUUCAGCCGGAAUGGUGUGUUCCAACGCUACGGGACCAGAGCUGGAGAACUGAAUCACGCACAUUCUUCAAGGGUGUCCACCGGGUUCUUCCCGGCCACUAUCUGGUAUGCCGACCGAAUGAGAAAGAAGAGCAAAAGCAAUACUGGGAUCUUGAGUACCCCGAUAAACUUUCACUUGAUCCGCGAUCGGAAGAGGAGAUGGUGCAAGGAGUCCGGGACCGACUUCUGGAAGCUGUAAAAGUUCGUCUCAAGGCAGAUGUGCCUGUGGCCAUCUACCUCAGUGGCGGAAUAGACUCGUCGUCAGUCGCUGGAAUGGUGGCCGAUCUCAUGAAAAAGGGCACGCAGUUGGGUAGUGAGCCUAACACAGCUCCAUCAAACAUGAAAUGUUUCACUGUUCAGUUUGAUGAGGGCACCGGAGCAGAUGAAUCUGAAAUUGCUCUGCGUACAGCGAAAUGGCUGGGGGUGGACAUCCAUCUCGUCAAAAUGGACGAAGAAGCUCUCGCUGCACGCUUCGAGGAAGGUGUUUGGCACAGUGAAAUUCCUCUUCCCGAUCUCAACGGAAUGGGUCGGUUGGCACUGGCAGAGGCGGUACACGCUCAAGGCAUUAAGGUUGUGAUCACCGGAGAGGGCUCUGAUGAGCAUUUUGCGGGCUACGACGCGUUCCGCGCCGAUUCACUCAGCGAGCCCGAUUACUCAUGGCCCGCGCUGCAGAUUGAGGAGAGCAAGCGCGAGGAGGCACUCGAGACAGCUGUUGCCCAAAGUAAAUACGGUAUUUUCGGCGAGUUCAGCGCAAGUGUUCCCAGUGCUACCAGGCGCAUGCUUAACCACAGCCAUGUGACCAGUUCCAUCGCAAGAGUUGGAAACAUGCCAUUCGCCGAUUGGACCAAUACUCAUGGAGACGUUGCUCCGGAGACCGCUCUCGUUGAGGGCUUCGAUGGACGUGUCCGUGAUAACAUCAAAAACCGGUGGCACCCUCUUCACACCGCCCAAUACAUAUUCGCAAAGUCCUUCAUGCCUCACUUUAUCCUGCGGUAUAACGGAGACAAUAUUGACAUGGUCAACCAAGUCGAGAGUCGCUGCCCCUUCUUGGACCAUCACCUGACGGAGUAUGUUAACAACCUGCCACCGAGCUUGAAGCUCAAGUACAACCACGAGGAGAAAUUCUUCCGUGAGAAGUAUAUCCUUCGGGAAGCCGUGAAGCCUUACGUCACAGACGAGAUCUACAACAUCAGCAAGAAGGCAUACAUGGGACCGAGAAAAUUCUGGCCUAGCGGACCAUUGCACCAGAAAAUCAAGAAGCUGGUCACGAAGGAAAAUGUGGAAAGCUUAGGCUUUGUUAGCUGGAGUGCUACAGAGGAAGCAGUGGAAAAGGCCUUUACCAAGCAGGAGCCUAUGGCACUCCGUCGUGCGAUCACUGUUGCCCAGUUCAUUGUUCUUGGGCAGCGCUUCGGAGUCAAGCCGGCUGGGGCACUCCCGAAUUGA